GUAACUUGUAAUUAUUUUUCUAUAAAAGUGGUAAUUGUGUCUUGCUUUCUGCCUUGUAUCCAAGAAGAUGUCCUCGAAGGAUGACGAUGACAGCUGCUUCUUCAGAACCAUCACUUUGUGCAAUAAGAUAGCUGGAGUAUGGUUAGAACCAAAGACCUCGAAAAACACCAGACGAACCCGAUUCAUCAUUUGGGAUGCCAUAUUACUCUCGCUAGCCAUCACCUUCUUCAUUUGCGAAGUACUUAUGGUAAAACACAUUAUAUCCGAAUUAAAGAAACUCUUUAAGCAUUUGGCUAUGCUCGCAACGCAUACUGUUGGAAUGUUGAAGUUUCUCCUUAUCAUCACACAUCAGAAGGAGUUGGCAAAGAUUAGAGAAAUAUUGCAGGAUGAAAAUCUAAGCUACGACUGUAUGACAGACUGCGUCGAUAUACCAGAAACUGCAAGAAAAUUCUCAAAUAUAAUUUCUCUCACUACUUAUUUUCUCUAUUGUAUGGUGGGAACAUCAGCUCACAUAUCUGCUCUAAGAAACUUGAAUGCAGCCGUCAAAGAAGAUCAGUUUGGAGGCAAUGUGACUUGUUACGAUUUUCUGCCAUACUUGUACGUCAUUCCUUUUAAGAGUGACACUGCGAAUGGUUGCAAAAAUGCACUGAUUACAAUGGAUCUUGGACUGUGUAUCUUUGCUGGAUAUAUCGCCUCUCACGACUCCAUGUUGUACUCUGCCAUAAUCUGCUUAAGAACCAGGCUGGAAAUCCUAACAAAGGCUACGAGAAGUAUAAGAGGAAGAACUAUUAAUAAGCUGAAUCUACCUAAAGAUUUUGAACCAAUCAGGAUUGAUAAGUUGCCAGAAGUAGAAGAAGAACUUCAUACUGAACUUAAAAGGUGCAACGGUAACUUGGAGCUUCUGUUAAGUGCUUGUAGAUGUAUAGAAGAAGUAUUUUCAUACACCAUUCUAGCUCAAACUAUAAUGUCGCUACUGGUCAUAGCCUCUUGCAUGUUUGCUGCAUCUUUGAUGACAUACACAGACCCAGAGCUGUACUCUUUGGUCGAGUACGCUAUAGCUGCCGUAUUCCAAUUGCUGAUGGUGUGUCACUUUGGAAAUAGCAUCACUGAAGCGGGAGAAACAUAUAGAUAUUGUCUAUACGAAAUUGACUGGUAUAGUAACAGCAAGAGAUUCAAACAAUGUUUAUUGAUCAUGAUGUACAGAAUGGACAAACCUCUAUACCUGACUAUAGGAAAAUUCUCACCAUUGACGUUGCACACAUUCGUAGCGGUUAUGAAAGGAUCAUUUUCAUAUGCAACAGUAUUCAAGACAGUGGACUGAAAUUUUUGUACCACAUCGAUGUUGUUUUAUCUAAUAUAAAAUAUAUAAUUAAAAAAUAGCUCUUUUUGUUGUAUUCUCAGACUUACUGUAAACUUAUGUUGAACCCCAUUUUUUUACUGCAAGAUAUUGGUGCUCAAAUUAUAUUAAAUAAAAUGUACUUGGUUUGAUA